AUGAUGGGAGCAUCUUCAUCGCCUAAACACGAUAUUGACGAAAAUCAUUCAAGCAAAAAUGAAAUCAACUGUCCGAGCAAUCGAAAUCCUCGUCGUAGUCACGCGUCUACGCUAUUAAAUCAACGUCUAUCGGCAAAUAAAAGUGGUGCAAACUCAGCAAAAUUCAAGCCGGGAAUGUUUCGUCAAGCUGUGCCUCAAAUGCCACUAGCUUUGGCUUGUUUUUGUUUUGUACUCAAUCUUAUAUUGCCAGGAACAGGCACACUAAUUACUGCGUUUGCUGUAUUUUGUUGCGGUAAACAUGGUUACGAAAAGAAUAUUGUUGCCUGUUUAUACAAUCUACUCGCAGCUAUUUUACAAAGUGCAACCAUUUUUUUACUUGUUGGAUGGAUUUGGUCAGUACGAUGGGGUAUUCUAUUUAUUCAACUAGCAGGGAAUAAAAUUGUUAUGACACAACCGACACCAUUCUACGUACGUCGUCAGUCAAGUGUUGACACUCAUACUCAACCGUUUAUGACACAGAUGGUAGCACCACGUAUCCCGCCACUACUAGAAGAUACCAAUGAAUUCGAAGGUGUAUGA